AUGACGGACAAGGUCAUAGAGGAUAGACCUCCCCCCGUGUUCAACUAUGUCCUCAGCUUCAUCCUCGUGGGUAUAGCGUGGGGAUUCACGACCCCCUUCAUCCGGAAAGCGGCCAAGACGCACAGCCCUCCACCUCACCCGGUACUGGAGACGCCCGCCGUCCGGGAUAGCUGGGUCAGGGCCAAGCUGUACGGCGUAUUCUUUGCCGUCGUCGAUCUGCUGCGGAAUCCGAGAUAUGCCGUUCCGUUGCUGCUCAACCUUACGGGGAGCAUAUGGUUCUUCCUCUUGAUUGGGCAGGCUGAGCUCAGCUUGACUGUCCCCAUUGUCAACACGAUGGCCUUUCUAUUCACCGUCCUAGGAGACUGGUACGUUGAGGGCAAGGUCAUCAGUCGAGGGAUCGGUCUGUGCGUCAAGAGCAAGCAGUAG